GAGUUGGGAGACGGGGAGAGCGCUGUUGUUCCGUCAAAAAAAAAAAAAGCGCAGUCAGUCAGUCAGUCAGUGUGUUGCUGAAAACGGGAGCGCCGGGCUGCACUCCGCCGAAGAAGUUGCUGGCCGCCCCAUCACUCAGAAAACUUGCCGGCGAACUUUUGGGAUUGUUUGAUUGUAUGAGAGGAGGAAAACGAGGGGCAAGAAGGCUGAAACUGUGAGGGAAUGGAGAAGCACAAAGUGCUGGACCAGCUCCUGAUGGAGCUCCACCGCUUCCUGCUCAUCCUGGACAAAGAGACCCUGAGUGGGAAUGCCACCAUCCAGAAAGGCUUGCUCUCUGAUCUCCUCCAGUCCUACAGAGCCUCUAAUGGUACAGACGAGGAGUAUAUCUACAUGAACAAAGUCAUUGUCGGCGGGAAGGACAAAGACGACAAAGAUGGCAGAUUGGAUGCCCUGCUCAACGGAAAAGCAGCAAAACACGUCCCCGUCCCACAGAAGAGUCUUCCCGACCUGCCGCCCCCCAGAGCGGGCGUGGUGGGUCGUGAGCCGUUCCCCUUACCGGCAGUCCCUGCUCCAGCCUGUGUGGACACUUCAGAGAGUUACUAUGAGGAAGCUCAGCCCUAUGAGGAAACUUUCAAUGACGAUGGGGAGGCAGUUAGCAGUUCGUACGAGUCCUACGAUGAGGAGGAGGUGACCAGAGGGAAGUCACCGUCAGCGCAGCACCAGUGGCCGUCGGCGGAGGCGUCCAUUGAGCUGAUGAAGGACGCGCGGAUCUGCGCCUUCCUGUGGAGGAAGAAGUGGCUGGGCCAGUGGGCCAAACAGCUGUGUGUCAUCAAAGACCAUCGCCUGCUGUGCUAUAAGAGCUCCAAGGAGCAGACACCUCUGCUGGACGUGAGCCUGCUGGGCUGCAGCGUGGUCUACAAAGAGAAGCAGCUGAAGAGGAAAGAGCACAAACUGAAGAUCAUCCCGGUGGGCGGGGAGGCCAUCGUGCUGGCGCUGCAGAGCAAGGAGCAGACAGAGCAGUGGCUCAGGGUGAUCCAGGAGAUCAGUCCCAAGCCAGCUGAAAACUGUGACACCCAGCACUCUGUGUCUGACUCCCCGAGGCUCAUUUGUACAAAGGGAGAGCUGAGUGAGAGACACUCUGUGGCUUCAGAGAGCGGCAGCAGCACUGACAGCCAUGCUGAGACCCCCGAAAACAAAGAUGUGAAGAAAAAAUACGGCGCAGGCUUGAAGUUCAGCAACCUCAUGAACAUUGGCAAGAAGAAGCCCUCCGCGUUAGAGAGCCCCGAGAAAUGUGUGGACACCUCAGGCUACCUCAACGUGUUGGUGAACAGCCAGUGGCGGACCUGCUGGUGCCUAAUCAAGAACGGCCAGCUGUGGUUUUAUCAGGACAAGGGCAAAAACAAAGUGAGCCAGCCCGCCGUGACGCUGGGGGGCUGCAGCGUUUUGCCCGACCCCAGCCCCGAGCACCUGUACUCCUUCAGGAUCGACAUGGAUGGCACACAGCUAGCAACCCUGGAGGCGAAGACGUCCGCAGACAUGGGCCACUGGCUGGGCCUCUUGCUGUCACAGACGGGGAGCAAGACGGACCCCGAGGAGCUGACGUACGACUACGUCAACGCCGAGAGGAUCUCCAGCAUCGUCAACGCUGCCAAGACUUCCUUAUACUUGAUGCAGAGGAGGUAUUCAGAGCCGAACACCUAUAUAGACACCCCACCCUCCAUCCCUCACGACUCUGAAGAACUGUACGAUGAUGUGGCAUCUAUAGCUGAUCCAGAGGAUGCUGAAGAGAGCGGCCUGCCAGACAGCGAGGACAACAAUCUGCAGGAACAUAAUGAACCACGCGUGCAGGACACCAAGGACUCAGCAGGAACAGAACAGGACACUGACAACAGGGUUUACCUGGACCUCCUCCCUGUACGCUCCUUCCUCCAUACAUCCUGUGGGGGUAAAACCGUUCCUGCCAAAGACACUUUUGGACUUUCCCCAGUCCCAGUUGAGGACCAGAAAGACCCCUCAUCUCCAAUGAAAGAAGUCAUUUCAACGAACCAUUCUGAACCAGACUCAACAGCAAAGUCAAAUGGAACAAGUUCCACCUCCGCUGCCGGCAAACCAGAACAAGAGUGUCCCCUGACACCCACGCCGCAAACUCAACCAUUCAAGACCUCAUGCCAAAGCCAGGACACCCACAAAAGGACCACCCUGGGAAUCCCACAGGCCUUCCACUCCACCGGUGUACAGAUCCAUAAAGGCCUGACGGUGCAGGCUGCUGCCGGGCUCCCGCACAGUCCUCAAACCCAGCGGCCCAAGGCGCAUACUAUAGGGUCUCCUGGUGCAGUUGAGGGGAAACUGGGCAAGAACCGCACAGAGGCUGACAUGCGGCGCUACAUCGACGAGCGCGACCGCCUGGAGAAGGAGAGGGAGGAGGUGAGGAGCAGUCUGGCCAACCUGAAGAAGGAGAAGAGGGAGAGCAAAGAGGAGCUCAGCGCCUGCCAAGAUCCCAAGCAGCAGGCCUCACUAGAAGCCCGUCUGAGGCAGAAGGAGGAGGCGUGUCGGGAGGCGGAGCACCGCAGGGUGGAGGUGGAGCUACGAUUGGUAGAGGUGAAGGAGAGUCUGAAGAAGGUGGAGUCGGGGCCUUUCACACUGGGAACCACACUGGACAGCAGCCUCCAGGACACACCCACGCCUAAAGCAUCAUCCCUGCCUGCUCCCCAGACAUCAUCAUCAUCAUCCUCAUCAACAUCAUCAUCAUCAUUCCAACCCUCCAACAGCAACGUCAGUGUAGACGCAGGCUGCCCAGUCAACUCUGCAUCAGUGCUGAAGACCAGGCCUGCCUCCAUCAUGGGCACCAAAGGCAACGUCCUGCAAAAAGCUAAGGAGUGGGAGAAGAAAUCCACCACCUAGAGGGAAACCUGAACGCCCUCUGACUUCCUUUGACCUCUCAAAUCCACAAGUUUCUCAGACCAGACAGAUAAAUCAUCAUCCUCGGGAUCCUUCAUCCUCAGCACCUCCUUGCCAAGACUAUAAAGAGCCAAUCAGAGAGAUGCACAAGCCGUCUUCUCAAAUGCCACUGGAUGAUCGUAGUUCCAAUGACUUUUCAGCUUGUUUUUCUCUGUUUGCUAAAGCGAGGAAAUUGAUGUAGUAGAGUUCUGGCCAGUCUAACAGUUGUUCCUGACAUUGAUGCACAAACAUUGAAAACAGCCAAACAUUUGAAACCACUGAAGUCUGACACAGAAAGA